UUCACCUGUCGUUUCUCCUUCAUUUCUCCUUCACUUCUCUGUCCUUCUUUUCUUUCUCUCCAGCACAGGUCUUCAUUCCACUCUUUCAAGCUCCAGAGAACGUCGUUGCCAGCUGAAACACCUGCUACUCACUAUUCCUCCUUUGCCUGGUAGCCAUUUCUGCUGUGAAACGAAUACAUGAAAUGGGUGCCUUGGAUUCAAUUCUGAACCAGAACAUCCCCAUCAACACCAUUGUCCCUGAAACUGACUCAAUUCCCAACGCUGCUGGUAAGGACAACAACAAUGAUAGCUUGCCCCACAGCAGUCCCUCCAACUAUUAUGGAAACUAUAGGGUCCCUCGUAAUUUUUCCCAGAAGAACACCAAACAACACCAGACUUCUCCCUUGAUAAACGAUGAAAACCGGGAGAACACUGACAAUUUUACUCAGGAUGAAUUCAAUUUUGAAAAUAACAAUAGUACAAACGAAAAUCUAAACAAUAUACCUCCGGUUAAUAGCAAUACUAAUUAUAUCAACAAUCCCAACAACCCCAACAACAUCACCGCCAACAAUAUCACCGCCAACAAUAAUAUCGCUCCCAAAAACACUAAAUCUCAUUCAAAGUUAUUUGAAAAACCCAUCUCAUCAUCAGCUAAGAAGGAUCAUCAUCUUCCUAGAUUAAACACUGUUAUGAGUUUUUCAAAAAAACACGAUAACAAUAACACCAAUAACGAUUCCAAUAUCAACGGCAAUAACAAUAUCGCUGAAAUUGAUAACAGUGAUAUUGUCAACAAUGAUAUUGUCAACAAUAAUAUUGAUAACCUUAAUAAUCCUGCUAAUCCCGAUAACGAUAAAGCUUUUGAAACGGAAAAUCAACAAGACGCUUUGGUUGAAUCAUCUCAUUCCCCAAGUCAAUCUCAAUCAAAUUUAUCAAAUAGAUUAAAACAAAGAGCUAAAUCUCUUAAAUCUCCAAAAUUGUCCUCCAGAAAAACUUUCUUUUCAACUUCUGAAUUGCCAACUCCAAUUACUAAAGAUCUCCCCGCAAAUUCUUCACUCUCAAACAACCAACCCAAUAACAACAACAUCAAUAACGCCAAUAAUUUCUUACAUCCAACCACAAGUUACGAAGAAUCAAAUUGGAAAAAAAGAUUAUCCAAACUAGCUUUAUCAACUAACCCAAAUGAAGAAAACCAACUUCAUAAAUGGAAAGAAUUUAAGCAUGCUCUAUCCAAUUUUGGAAAACAGAAAAAAGAUGAUAAUGAUCCACAUUCAAUGCAAAAUAUUCCUUCCCAAAAGUUAAUAACAAAAUCUGAACGAGAAGUUUAUAGUGACUUACUAGCUCAAGAAAGAUCAAACCACUUAAUUAGCACCUUAUUAGCUGGCUGUCCUGCCUCUUUAUACGCCUUUUCCGUAUUUUUGGAUGACGAACAUGAUACUAAAAGAGCUCCCUUAUUAUUAUCGCUCUUGGGUAUUCAGGUUUAUGAUAUAACUCAAGAAUACCUUAACAGAAGAAGAAAAAACCUUUCAAGACCUUAUCAUACUCAUACUUUAACUUUCGGUUCUUUUCAACAGUUUAAAGAUAAUAAUUAUAAUCAGAAUGCUCAAAAUACUCAAAAUACUCAAAAUAACAUCAAUAUAAAUAAUAUUAGUGGCCUUAACAAUAACACCAUUCCCAAUUCCAGUAGUAUUAACAACAAUAUUGAUGGCUAUCUCUUAAACAAUAACUCGGUCCCUCAAACUCCAAAUCCAAAUUCUGCUCCAACUUCUGCUACACAAACAAAUUUUGAAUCCAAACCAACAACCUCAGAUUUCAAAUUUAUCAAAAAUAGAAAAUUUAAAAUAUUCUUGGAAUACGGUGUUGGCCCUGAUAGAGUUAAAUGGUCAAUUAUAAAAGAUUAUAAAGAAAUUGAAAAUUUACAACAAAAAUUCAAGAUUUACUUCUUGCAAAAUAACACCUUUGGUAUUGGUUAUAAGCCUCCUGUUUUGCCCAAAUUUCCAAAAAUUCAUAGUCAUACCUUGUCUCGUAGCAAUACAACAAACAGUUUGAAAAAUUUAGCUUAUGAUAACAACUCCGGUUAUUCUAUUGCUCGUGAUGAUGCUCUAUCAAAUUACCAACUGCAACUGCAAAAAUCUCAACUGAUAAAAACUAAAAAUAAAUCAAUGCCUCAAUCACAACAACAUCCACCACUACCAAAAAUCCCAAUUACUAUACAGGAUGAGCUGAAUUCUAAUAAUCCAAUCCAUGUUGAUGCAAAUAGGUUAUCUUUAUCUCCAGCUUCUACUUCAAGCUCAAACUCAAACUCCACCACUUCUUCAUCUUCAAGCUCCCAAUCUUCUAGAUCGCAUCUUCAUCGCAUUUCCUCCAGAAUUUCUUCUUUUAAAGAUAACAUACAUCAAAAAAUUCACCCUCAUUUAAUUUAUGAAACCCCACAGGGUCAACUUUUAUUGUCUGAUCCUGGCUUUUAUGCAAGAAAAAUUGAAAACUACUUCAAAGAACUAAACAUGGCUUUAACACUAAGACCUCAAUCUAAUAGAUUGUUUCAAUUUUAUGAAUUAUCUCCGAUCAGUGUUCUUUUAUCAUAUGAAAUAGGUUAUGUUGGAAAACAAGGGUUGUUACUUAUUCGUUCUAGUGCAAAAUCACAAGGUUGGAGGGUUCAUCAUUUUAGAGCUAGAGAUAUAAAAGCAAUGUAUAAAAGACAUACAACAAAAUGGUUUCUUGUUAGGAACUCUUAUAUUAUGUACGUAGCAGAUAUUAAUUCCACAACACCCCUAGAAGUGUUUUUAGUAGAUUCUGAUUUUCAAAUCAAAUAUGCUGGUCAUGAUGAUAAAGAUUCUGAUUCAUCUUCUGAUGAAGAAAAUGAUGAUUGGAUAGAUGAUGAAGAAUUGUCUUUAUUAGAAGGUUCUAGUGGUAGAAAGAAUAAAAAGGAUCCAACCGUUCCUAAAAAUAUUAGAAAAGUUGCUCUACAUUUCAACUUUUCUGUAAUGAAUAGUGAACGUAAAUUAAAGAUGUUUGCAGCUUCUAAAAAACAAUUAAGACUAUGGAUUAGGUCUAUAAAAUUGAUGCAAGAGAAAACAAUUUGGUCUCAAAAACAUCGUUUUAAUUCUUUUGCCCCAGUGCGUCAUAAUUGUUUUGCUCAAUGGUUUGUCGAUGGUAGGGAUUAUUUUUGGGCAGCUUCUUCUGCUAUCUUAAUGGCUAAAGAUACUAUUUUUAUUCAUGAUUGGUGGUUAACGCCCGAACUUUACUUGAGAAGACCAGCAAAUGGUAAUGAAGAAUACAGAAUAGAUAGAUUAUUAAAGAGAAAGGCUGAAGAGGGUGUUAAAAUAUUUGUUAUUGUUUACAGAAAUCUUGGUGAAUUUGUUGUUACCGAUUCUUUAUGGACAAAGCAUUCUUUAAUGGACUUACAUGACAAUAUUAGGGUGAUCAGAUCACCCAAUCAAUUUUUACAAAACACUUUUUUCUGGGCUCACCAUGAAAAAUUAUUAAUAAUUGAUCAAACUGUUGCAUUUUUGGGUGGUAUUGAUCUAUGUUUUGGAAGAUAUGAUACACCUGAUCAUGUCUUGGUUGAUGAUUCUCCAUAUGAUUUUGCUUCAAACUUGGAAAAUAUAAGUAUGAAAAAUUUAAAAAAUCUAAAAUGGCGAACAUUUCCAGGAAAAGAUUACUCUAAUCCUAGGGUUAAAGAUUUCACUGAACUAGACAAACCACAUGAAUCAAUGUAUGAUAGAAAAAUAGUUCCAAGAAUGCCUUGGCACGAUGUUCAUAUGUUUACAGCUGGUCAAAUUGCUAGGGAUCUAUCAAGGCAUUUUGUUCAAAGAUGGAAUUACUUGUUAAGACAAAAAAGGCCUUCAAGACCUACUCCUUUACUUUUACCUCCUUCUGAUUUAACAGAUAAAGAAAUUGCUGAACUUGGUUUCAAAGGAACAAAUGAAAUCCAAUUACUUCGAUCAUCUGCUAGUUGGUCAUUAGGAUUAAAAGAUAUUGAACAGAGUAUUCAAAACGCUUAUCUUAAGUUGAUUGAGACUUCAGAACAUUUUGUUUAUAUUGAAAAUCAAUUUUUUGUUACUGCAUGUGCUUUUGAUAACACUAUCAUUGAAAACAGAAUUGGUGAUGCUUUAGUCGAUAGAAUUAUUCGUGCUCACAAAGAAAGAACCCCUUGGAGAGCUGUAAUUAUAAUUCCAUUAAUGCCAGGGUUUGAAUCCCAGGUGGAUGAAUCUGAAGGUUCUUCUCUUAGAGUCAUUAUUCAAUGUCAGUAUAUGUCUAUUUCUAGAGGUAGCACUUCUAUAUUUGCAAAGCUAAGAAAACUUAAGAUUGAACCAAAUGACUAUAUUCAAUUUUUCAGUUUAAGAAAAUGGGGUAGAAUCGGUCCAUAUAGGCAAAUCGUUUCUGAGCAAUUGUAUAUUCAUGCUAAAACUAUGAUUGUUGAUGACAGGGUUGCGAUUAUUGGUUCUGCAAAUAUAAAUGAAAGGUCAAUGAGAGGAAACAGAGAUUCUGAGGUGGCUGCAAUAGUUAGAGAUACUGAUACUGUUAAAAUAAAAAUGGCCGGAAAACCAUACAUUGGAGGUAGAUUCGCCCACAGUUUAAGGGUUAGAUUAAUGAGAGAACAUUUAGGAAUUGAUGUUGAUGUUCUUGAUAUUGUUGAAAGAAAAUUCAAUCAAAUUUCUGAGAUGGCUAAAACUGAAGAGGGAAUGGAAGCUGUUACUAUAAAUGCAGCUGAUGCUGAUUUAAAAAUUAAGUCUUCUAUGGUUGAAUUAGCUGCCAGAGAUGUUUUAAAUCAGCCUAAUGGAACACGAAGGUGGAAGAAGCGUCAAAGACAAAAACAAAAAGAAAAGGAAAAAGAGGAAAUGCCAAAUGAAAACAUCAGACUUCCACGAACUAAACUAAAUACUCGAUCAGAUACAGAAAGAAUUUAUAAAUCCUUUAACAAUUAUGAUGAAAAUGAAGGUAUAAGAGAAUACAAACAAUUUUCAUCUGACCCUCGUAUAACCCAUAAUAAAAGUCACAGGGAUGAUGUUUCUAAUUAUGCUUCAAAUCAAUUAUUUAAAAAAUCAAAAAUAUUAGCAUCAACUGCUUUGAAAAAUUGGGCUAUUGAAACAAUGGCUCAAAAAAAUGAUUUUUUCUUGCCAAAUUAUGAAAAAGUGAUUGAAUUUUUAGAGGAUGAUGGAUUUAUCAAUCAGAACGAGAUUACGUCCCUUAAUAUUAACAAUUUAUCUACUGAAAAUAAGAAAAUAAUUUUAGAAAAAGAUGAACAACGAUGGGAAAUGCUUAAAAGGAUAUCUUAUUUGCAAAGAGUAGCUGCCAAACAAAAUUUACAAGAAAAGGAAGAGGCUCAAAAGAAAUUAAAUGUUGGCAUCAUGUCUGAAAUUCAGCAAUCACCAAAUGGCGUUACGGUUAAUGCCAGUGAACCUGAUAAAGGCUCUGCUGAAUUCGGUACUGCAGAAAAUAUGAGCCAUUCUAAUUCUCAAAAUGUUUCAACUCAAUCUGCAGAUACCGCAGAUAGUGGAAAUCAUCUUCGAAUUGGUUCUGUAAAAGUGGAUCCAAAUACAGACUCUGUUGGAUCAAAUGGAAAUAUCCCUAUUACUCAUUUAGAAGAUGAUGAAAUCAAAGAGUUACUAUCUAGGACUCUUGAUGGAAUUGAUUAUAAAAAAUUUGUUGAUCCAUAUGGAUUUGAUGAUCCAUUGGAUGAAGAUUUUUAUGAAGAUGUAUGGUUUGAUAUUGCAGAAAGUAAUACUAAAUUAUUUAGAUUGGUUUUCCAUUGUCAACCUGAUGAUACUAUUUUAACUUGGAAUGAUUAUAAAGAGUAUUCUGAUCUCAGUGCAGCAUUUAAGUUAGUUCAAGAUCAAGAAGCAGAGAUUAGAAAAGAAUUAAAUUUCGAUUCAGUUAGUUUGGAUGAUGGAGAAGAAGUUGAUGAACAGACAGAUGAUGUGAAUGCAACUAAUAAAACUAAUAGUUCAAGACCUAAAUUGGACAGAAAUAAGACAUAUGCCUCUAUUCGUAAUAGUACUAUUAUUAAUAUCAAUGAUCUUAACUCUAAAGAUGGUCUUAUUGGGGCCCCUCCAAUGAAGCAUCCACCUGAGAAUAAUAGUGAUAGAGAUAGUUUAAGAAGAAAAAAAGUGGGUAGUUUUAUUGCUAAAAGAAAAUUAAAUCAAAAUCCUUCUUUUAUUAAAGAAGAGGAAGAUGAACAAAUAGAAAACAAAAGAGGUAGUUAUGCAAACGGAUUGAAAAGUUCUCCUGCAACAUUUGUUAACCAAUCAGAUGAUGGAUAUGGAGAUUCAGAUGGGUAUGGUAAAAUGAGAAAAAAUAAAACAUCUAUUUCUCCGGAAAAGUUUGAAGAAGUUACAUUAAAUGGCACAAUUAGUGGUAAUUCAAUCAAAAAAGAUGCACGAUAUUCAAGUGGGGAUAAGAAAAGAAGAAUUCGAACUAGAACCAAUACAUUUGGAUCUAGAGGAAUGUAUCAUGGCGAAAGAAUAUUUGACAGAGAAACAGCUGAAAAGAUUUUGAGUAAUGUUCAAGGAAAUUUGGUUUUGUUCCCUGUUAAUUGGUUAGCAAAUGAGUUGGAAAGUAACAAUUGGUUCACAACGACAGACAGGUUGCCACCAAUUGAAAUUUAUGACUAGUUUUAUAAAAAAUUGUCUUGGUUUUUUUUUUGCUUAUUUUUUUCUAUUUUUUUCUUUCUUUUGGUUUGAAGAUUGGUUUUUAAUAAAUUA